UGGCCCAACAACUUCACAUCCAUGAUGACAUGGAUAAAUGAUUAGUUACGAAUUUUUUCGCUGACGUGGACAGCUUAAGAGAGCUUCAUAUUCUCCUUUUAAUAGUGUAAGAUUUGAGAUUUGACUGGAUCCCAACGGAACUAAUUUGUAACUUAUGGUAUUGAUUUUUUUUUUCUUUUCAAGAGCAUAUAUAGAAUUUAAUCAUGUCAACUGGAAAUUAUCGAAAAAUAUUGUAUCAUAUCUUCUAUUAUAUACCCUUUUUCGACUUUUUAAUAUAAUAAUAAUUCGAAUGUUAGUAUUAGAGACAGUCUAAUGCAUUUGCAUGUGGUGUGUAUAUAUAUCGUCGGAUUAAGAUAACAACUAGCGCCUGUAGCUCAGUGGAUAGAGCGUCUGUUUCCUAAGCAGAAAGUCGAAGGUUCGACCCCUUCCUGGCGCGUUUAUUUUAGUUUCCUUUUUUUUUUUUUUUUUUGUGCAACCUUUUUAGUUUCCUUUUCUUUUUUGAUUAAUUCGAUGAAGUGAAAAAGAUAUUUAUUUUUUCUUUUUAAUGAAUCUUGAAUAGUGUAUUGACUUGCCGGAUCUGUGUCAUUCGCCGCCGGCUUAGAGAGUUAUGAAGGUCUUCCAUCUCGACCGUGAGAACACUCUCUCUGUGUCUCUCUUCUCCGAUGUCACCAACUCCAAGGAGCUCUUGAAUUCGAUGCUAGAUGGAAGUCUGAAGCUGGAGGUCUCAUUUCUCAAUGCAUUACUCAUACCAGACGUUUUCCCUCUCUUAGCUGCCGCUCAGAAAGCACUUGUCUCCAAAUCACGCGACUCUUUAUCUACCCGAACUCUUCAUUCUGAGCUUGUCUACAACUACUCUGGAUCUAAACAUAUUACGGAAUCAUUGAAACGAUGUGGGAUAUCUGAAAGCUCUACUUACAUUCUAGCUGCCCGGUUCAAUGCUUCUCCCCUUGAGAUGGAGGAGGUGGCGAAAUUGAUCAACGGGAAUGAGAUCGACUUGGAGGAGUUAAAGACGCAUGCUAAUCAAGCCCAUAUACUAAAGCAUUACAAGAUAACUAGCCAAGAACUCGGGAUAUCCUCUCUCGAAGAUGCCAUUGUUUGCCGGAUCGCUGCACGCGACGCUUUGUAGAAGAAGACAUCUUUCUCUGUGUUCUUAUCAAUUAUAGCUUUUUUUUUUCUCAGCUAUAACUAAAUGUUACAACUCGUUUUGUAGUGUUCUUAUCAGUUAAACCUCUUUAUUUAUUUCUUGUC